UCAUGACACAGGUAUGCCUGCUUUCGGUUCAUCCUAACAAUUAUUUGAUUUACCCACGAUAGCAGCAAGGAGAACGGCAUAAAAGACAGCACACGCUACAACUGGGAGAUGAACUGCGAUCUAAACAUCACGGAGGAGCUUCAGACGGCACAGAUGGUGCUCUCCGUUCCGACCUUCGUCCUGGGGCUCAUGGGUAACGUGGCGGUGCUGGGGAUGUUCUGCUGCAGACGAGGACAAUCCUGGACCUACAUGAUGGUGUACAUCACAAACAUGGCGUUAGCCGACUGCACCGUCCUGUUCUCUCUGCCGUUCAAAAUUUACUCCUACCGGAACGAAUGGCCAUUUUCAACAGACUUCUGCUUGGUUCUGGUCUCAGUUUACUACGUGAACAUGUACGUCAGCAUCUACACCGCCACGGCCAUAAGUGUGGUGCGAUAUGUGGGUAUAAAGUACCCUUUCAAAGCCAAAGAGAUCCUGUCUCCACGGAAGGCCCUCCUUGUGUGCGCAUUCAUAUGGGUUCUUCUUUGUUCCCUUAGCGCAUGCUUCCACCGCGUGGACACUCCAGAAGAGAACGCAACCCGGAUUGUUUGUUUCCAAAAACGCAAAAAGGAGCCUUUGCCCAUUCCCUUCAUACUGGUGUUGGAGCUGUUGGGCUACGCCCUGCCCCUGAUCACGAUGAGCUUCUGUUCGGUCCAAGUCAUCCGCGCCUUGUCAAAGCAGACCAGCGCAAGCUCUCAGAUGGACAAGAAGAUCCAGUGCAUCCGCAUCAUGGCAGCAAACUGGGUAGUCUUCGUCGUAUGUUUUACCCCGAUUCAUUUCGGGUUCCUUCUCAAGUAUAUUGUAGAGUCACAUACGGAGGACUGUGGUCUAUUAAGGGGAGUACAUAGUUUUAUGCACUUUUCCUUCGUGAUAGCGAACAUGAAUUGCUGCCUGGAUGCAUUCAGCUAUUACUUCGCCACCAGAGAUUCUUGGAAGAGGCUCUCAACAUGCUGCCAAUCAAAAGCAGGGAUUUCACAAAACGCAAUUAUUUAACAGACAGCUUACCCAAUCAAUGCGGUCAUAUCUUCUCAUAUCGUGUAUUUUCCAAAGUUUUAUUUAAGGUCCUGAUAUCCAUAAGGCAGCGUUUGUGUGGCUUCAAGUACCAAAAACAAUCUCUACACAGUUUAAAUGUCCAUUCUCCAGCACCUCUCAUGAGCCUUACCAGAACAAUGUUUCAGUGGCUGUCUUUAAGGCUUACUGACCUCAACGAACCUCCAUACCUCACUAACUGAACGCCGUCUGAACCGAGUGCUUGGAUUAGCAGAGGCCAAAAGGUGGGGCGUGCUGAUGCAUACGACCGUAUCGUUGUGAUGCCACUACUUCACGGAAUUCCAAAUGGUUGUUUAAAUGCACAUUUUCUUCGGAUUGUGUGGAUUUAUUUGAGGACUGUUCAUUGUGAUACUUUCACAGUGAUUAUGUAACACAUUUAACUGCUUAAGAAUCCACAUUACAAGGGAAAUGUCAUUUUCCAUAAUAUGGGACCUAUAAUUGAGUACUCUGUAAA